GUGCAGGAGAUAGAGGAAAAAACAUCAUACCUAACAAGGGGUAGGGAAUCUUUUCAGCGCGUGUUAUCCUUAUAAUCAUUUUUACUCUGUCAAAAAACAACAACAGAAGGUCAUAAGCUUUUAAUUCUUCGAAUUUUCCACUAUAUAAGGGUUCUUAUCAUUAUGUUUUCCCCCAUGUUGUUGUUAGGACCAUGGAGGUUGCAGUAAUUGAAUACUACAUUCUUUGCGCCAUUUACCUGUUAUUAUAAUAUUUAGAAGACAUUUAUGGGAGUUACACAAUGAUAAUAUGACGAAUAGAUACCUUGGAUACUUGUCAUUGGCAGCUUUGGCGUCUCUUCUAGAGAUCUUGUCGUUACUAGGGGGAUCACUGCCUCUGUGUUACCAUUCAUCUAACGCUAUCCUCCUUUUCUGUCUGAUCCCAUACUCGUUAUCUUGCUGCUUUUGGUGUUUGUCCUGAUUCCCCUCUCUCGAGUAUUUCGCGGCUCGCGAAGGUUUAUUGCGUCCCUAUCGGCAGCACGAAACGUGGAUCUGCGGCUCCGAUUAUUAUCUUUUCUCUGUCUGGAGGGUUACUCUUGGUGCUAAUGUCCUCUUUUGAUGUGAUUAAGCUCGUAUUGCGAUUUAUGUCAGCCUUGUGGAGCUGGCGUUAUUGACUAAUUGGAGUGUCCCGUUAACAAUGCGAAGGUUAGGGGUAUCGUGCUGAUCAACUGCAGCCCUGCAAAAAAGAUGUGUUCAGAUUAUUUUAGCUUCUUCACUCAAAGGGGAGAUAUCACAAAUGAUUGGCUAGGGGAGACACCUGGCUGUCGAAUUCACUACUGCAUUGGAUUACUAUCAAUGGAAUAGUGGUUUCCUCAUUCUCUCUUUCUCUUAUCAACGCGCAUAGGUUGCGAUUCAGUACCAUGCAAAUGCGGAUAGGAAGUAAUUUAUGUUAGUUGAUCUUCCCUCGUCGCCUCCCCCUUCUUCCUUGCCUUUCUCAUUUCAGUAAGUACCGUAGUCUCCAUGUUUGUCUUGGGAAUAGCCCUGAAAUGGGUCUAUCGUUUUACUCGGAAUAUUUUCAUUUAACUGUGGCUUUGAAGUCGGGUUGCAUUGUAUCAUGUUUAUUUUACAAUUAAAAAUUAUGUAUACUAAAGACCAGAUUAUUUUACCUGGUAAGAUAAAUGAAAGAAACUACACUUUAACAAGAAAUACAAUAUGUCGCUUCUUAUAUAUAAACAUAUUCUUUUAUGUGUAUGCGUAUGGUAAGAAGACAGCCAAAUCUGCUUUAAAUCAUUUAUCAUUUUUGAUCAUAUAUAUAUAUAUACAUAUAUAUAUAGACACCUAUCAGUAUAUAGAUGAGUAGAUAUACAUUUCUGUUUCACAUUUUUGCAGAUUAUUGACUAAGGGGCAAGGAGGUAUGAGUGUAAAUAAUCGGAAAACACAACGCGCACAUGCCCCAAAAUAACUAAUAUGGGAAAAACUAAGUAUAUCAACUUAAGGUGCCGACCCUUCUUAUCUAACCCGCAUCUCGCACUUUUUUUCUUUAGACGCUUCUCCCUCCCUCUCCUCUGAAGAAAAUAAAAGUAACGAAAUAAUAAGUAGUGGCGCAAUUGAUCACCUCAGCAUCUUUUCGCGCCCGUCUAGCGCGUUAUGGCUUCGGGUUGUCGAUUUUUCUGCUUCCUUCGGCACAGCAAACUGGGUUAGGGCUGGACUGCAAAAUACAGCACGCCGUGCAGAUCCGAACAGCCGCGCGGCUAAAAAAGGCCUCCCCCAUUGCUGUGUUUCCAGCCGCCGCCGUUAUCUCCAGCGAUGGUCUGUACGACUUCGAUAAGGAUGGAUUUCUGCCCCCACUUGAGCAUUUCCUACGCGCAGUUCACCGGGACCAUUUCGUGCACCUUGCGUCGCUUUACCUAGCUUAUUACCUCUCCCAAAGAUACUAUCUAGAUCCUGAAUCGUGGAUUUCAGAGAAAAUUCGUUUGCUCCCCGCCAACUACAUGACGCUGGAAGGACAACUCCCUCACGAGGUUCUCAAACACAUCCAUAAGACGUUAGCAUCAGAAUACGUCUCAGCGCCGCUGGAAGUUUUCUUGGCUUCUUUCAAAUACAUUCAAAACUUCUCUUUUCAAAAGUAUAAAAUAACAGAAGAGAAUAGGAGAACAAGCGUCCCACUACUACCCUGCGUAGCCCCGUUUUUAGAUCUUAUAAUUAAUAAGCAAAGAGAGGGAAAUGUAUUAAUCCAGCCUAGUACUGCUGAUGAGGUACGGCAAGAAUUGUCUUCACAUAGGCUUCUAGGUGCAAGACAAGGUCUACGAGGGAAAGAUGCAAAAUACCCGUAUAUUAAAAUUUCUUGUGCUCGCUGCAUCGACGAAGGAGAGCUGAUUGUGCUGAAUCCGGUAUCAACCACAGCGCUAUAGGCGUCCUGAGGGUCAAAGCCCGACACUCGAUGAGAAUGGAUAGUAAAGAAAGGAAAGGAAAAGUACACCUAAGGAGCAAGGAGAGGCCACACGUGCCUCGCGAGCGACGUUCGCUCAGCGUAAUCGGCUU